AUGGUGUUGGAGAAUCUCCCAAGCAUCUUUGACAGAAGUACAAUUCUUCACGAUCACGAACAUGUUCAUGUCAAUUGUUGUGAGAAUAGCGUUGAGAGCUUUCUCAUUGAAAUUGGAGAAAUCAACUUCAUGUCGCAUCCAUUCUUCUUCGGGCUUUGUGAUCCUGUCAGGCUGUCACCAUCUUUAUCCAUGGCCUUUGGUGGUGUCAAACAGCCAAACAACUUGCUUUGUUUUCUUUGCACUCUAUCUUCAAGUCUAAAACAAGGAUCCUCUUAUAGACGUUUGAAAACCUUGAAAUGUAGUCUCCAAGAUCAAAUACAAAGUAUGCGCAAAGUUGCAGCUUCAACAAAUCUGGUUCGUCAAGUAAGCGAAUCCAGUUCAUCAAAUGCCGAAAUAAGCAAUAAUAUGGCACUUCUUCCUUUCAAAGAGAAGAUGCUUUAUUCGGUUUUUGCAGAGGAUGAACAUCUGUGGCUAGAUCUGGAUUACCUGAUCAUGGUGAUCGGAGAUUAUCCAUCACCAUCACCUCCGAACGCUAUCCUGAAUUUGGUAGAGCAAGACUUGCGUAAGAUAUCUUGGAAACCAGAAUACCGUAAUGCAUUGGCUUUAUUCCUACAAAGAAACAACCGUUUAACUGGCAUCCAUCCGUUGUUUUUCGACAUCAUGCCGGACUUGUGUUUUGUAGACUUAUCAGAUACAAAAGUCAGUACCUUACCUAGUUCGCUUUUCAAACUUGCAAAGCUUACUGUGUUGUUGGUGAGGAACUGCGAUUGUCUUGAAACACUUCCGCCUGAAAUAGGAGAGCUCAAGACGUUGGAAGUAUUAGAUCUUUCAGGCACCGAGCUCUACCAACUCCCUGAUGAGAUUGGACAGCUUCAACUUGUGAAGAUCAUGAAGCUAUCCUUUUAUGGACCGGAUGAUGAAAGUGAAUACAAACAUUUGCCAUCUCGAUUGGUUUAUCCCAAUUUUCUAUCAGGGAUCAAAGGGAUACAGUCGCUAAGCAUUGCUGUGCACCCUGAAGAUCACCGGUGGUCAGGAGAAACUGUCGCGUGGAUAUCAGCAAGUUGGAGGGAUUGA